GUAGCGAUAGAAAAUAACCUAAAAUAUUUAUUUUGAAAAUAAUUCUUAUAAAUAAGAGAAGUUACUUUAUUAUAAUUCGUUUAAUUAUACAUAUUACGCGAUAGGAAAUUCACAAUGUUAACUAUUAAGAGAUUGCCGACAUUGUCGGCGUCUAAAAUUAAAUCAAAAUUGCAUUUUGAUCUAAAAAGUUGUUAUAAUGAGAAACAAUUAGGCAAAUUUUGUAAUCAUAAGUUGUUAAAAUUGUGUAGAUCUUUUUCAGUACUACAUAAUGUAACGAACAAGUCAAAAAAUCCGCAACUACGCCACUUUAAUGCAGAGUAUAAAGCAGCAUGCGCAUUGUUGAAGCGAUCCAAUUUGCCUGGACUGGAUUUGUUCACUAAUAAAUUAGGAAUGCGCACAUUGCACACAACCUCACCUAGUUUUAACCAAAAUGAAGAUAAAGAUAAGGAUAACAAGGAUAAAAAGAAGAAAGAUGUAGACAAUAACCUUCCUUCAUUGAUGAUGAAAGUAGCGUUUUGGAUGUUCACAACGUGCAUUCUGGUGAUUGCAAGUACACUUUUAGUUCCUGGAGACAAUACACAGAAUGAGCUUAUACGCUAUGUCUCUUGGAAUGAGUUUGUAUACUCGAUGCUCUCCAAAGGGGAAGUGGAGGAGCUGAUUGUAAGGCCUGACAUGGAAGUGGUCACCAUCAUAUUGCAUGAAGGUGCUGUGGUUAAAGGGAAACGGGCCACACAUCGAGUUUAUCACAUGAAUGUUGGUGAUAUACAUCGCUUUGAAGAGAAAUUACGGGAAACUGAGAAAAAUUUAGGUGUUAAAGAAGGUGUGCGAGUGAUCUACGACCGGAACGGUAGCGUGGCCGCCAAGUUCUUCACCACUCUGCUGAUAGCUGCCGUAAUACUGUCCUUCCUGUAUUCCACCAAGUCCAUGAAGAUGAACAUCAACAUUGGUGGAUUUAGCCAACUCGGCCGCGCCAAGUUCACACUAGUGGAUUCGAUGACUGGACAAGGCAAGGGUGUCAAGUUCGAGGACGUGGCUGGUCUGCGGGAGGCCAAGGUGGAGGUCAUGGAGUUUGUGGACUAUCUGAAGAGGCCGGAGCACUAUAAGAGAUUGGGGGCGAAGGUGCCCAAAGGCGCUCUGUUGCUGGGUCCGCCUGGCUGCGGCAAGACGCUGCUGGCGAAGGCGGUGGCCACCGAGGCCAAUGUGCCCUUCCUGUCCAUGAACGGGUCGGAGUUCAUCGAGAUGAUCGGCGGACUCGGCGCCGCCAGGGUUAGAGACCUGUUCAAAGAAGCAAGCUCGAGGGCGCCCUGCAUCAUCUACAUAGACGAGAUGGACGCCGUGGGCCGCGCCAGAUCCUCGGGGCCGGCGAACUUCGGUCCGGGCGGCGGCGAAGGCGAGCAGACCCUCAACCAGCUGCUCGUGGAGAUGGACGGCAUGAAGAGUCGAGAAGGCGUCGUCGUGCUGGCCUCCACUAAUCGGGCUGAUGUGCUUGACAAGGCACUGCUGCGACCGGGCCGCUUCGACAGACACAUCCUCAUUGACCUACCGACGCUGCAAGAGCGCGAGGAGAUAUUUGAACGCCACCUCAAGAGCAUUGUGCUGGAGAAAUUGCCCGACAACUACGUCAAAAGGUUGGCGUAUCUCACACCAGGCUUCAGUGGUGCCGAUAUAGCGAACGUGUGCAACGAAGCGGCCCUGCAUGCUGCCAGGUUCAAGCAGAACAUUGUACGGGCGGCCGACCUCGAGUACGCUGUUGAAAGGGUCGUCGGCGGCACCGAGAAGCGCAGCCACGCGAUGUCACCGGCGGAGAAGAAGAUCGUGGCGUACCACGAGUCGGGACACGCGCUGGUCGGCUGGCUGCUGGAGCAUACGGACGCCCUGCUCAAGGUCACCAUCGUGCCACGCACCAAUAUGGCCCUGGGCUUCGCGCAGUACACCACGUCCGACCAGAAACUGUAUUCUAAGGAGGAGUUAUUCGAUCGUAUGUGCAUGGCGCUGGGCGGGCGGGCGGCGGAAGCGAUCACCUUCAAUUCCAUCACCAGCGGCGCCCAGAACGACCUCGAGAAGGUCACCAAGAUCGCCUACGCUCAGGUUCGAGUGUACGGCAUGUCGCAGGCGGUAGGGCUGGUAUCAUUUCCGGACGUGAAGGAGCACGGCAAGAGUCCAUUCAGCAAGACCCUCAAGAACCUGAUCGAUCUGGAGUCGAGGAAGCUAAUCGCGGACGCGUACUACCGCACCGAGAACAUCCUAAGAACGAACCAGGAUAAGUUGAAGGCGCUUGCCGAAGAAUUAUUGAAAAAUGAAACUCUGAAUUUCCAACAAGUGCAAGAUAUACUCGGCCCGCCGCCGUUCCCGAGGAAGAAGUUCGUUGACCCGGUGGAAUUCGAGAACAGUUUGAGGAACAUGGAGAAGGCUGCGACGGCUGCAGACGACACCCCGGUGGGAGCACCGUCGGCCAAGCCCGAGUCGCAGCCGGGCGUGCAGUUCGUGUAAUCACUCUUGUGUAUGACAAUAAUCCUAAAGAGAGCGUACUACUUUAAAGACCACAUUAUAAAUAUGUAAUUUUUAAUUAUGGUGAAUAAAAGAAAUCAUUUCUGACUGUAACGUACAUUUUCCAUUUUGAAUAUAUUAUUUAAAAUGGGAAUUAUGCGCAAUUACGAAAUACAAAAAUGAUAUACGAGACGAGGCUGAUAAGUUUGCUACCGCAGGUGCUAAAUGAAUGAAAAGUAUAGUUAAAUAUUUUUUAUUUUUCAAAAUUAUCCUCUUCAAGGGAAAUACAUUUUUUUACAUCGUGAAUACAAAGUGUUUAUGCCUUUGUAAAAAUAUUCUUGGGUCUCUCCUCGAAAUUAUUUUCCACUACUAUGUUUUCUACUGUCAGUCGAAAUUACCAGAGGGAGACUGUACAAAAGUCCAUUGCUUGGAUACCUCUGUCCCAUUCGUGUUUCUACCGUGAAGCAGUUGUGUUUGCAUGGCUGUGUUUCAGUUUGAAGGAUGGGAUAUGGUGUGAAUUUACAGGCUACAGAGGAAUAACACCUGAGUCCUCAGGAAUGGCAACGCAUGGGGGGUAUCAUGGGCAAAGCAGUAUACUCUGUUAUGUCCAUGGCACUGCUCAUGUCUAUAGGCGACAGUUACCACGUUCCAUCAGGUGGACCGUCAGCUUGUUUGCCAUUUUAAGUUGUAUAAAAAAAAUCUUUGUCUAUUUAAUUCUUUUUUAAAAUUUUGAAAAGAGAAAAUGUCACUAGGAUCCGGGUGUAGACUGUAGGUGGGUGGUUAAUUUCUAUGUAUUUCUAAGUUAUAUAAAAAAAAACUUUUUUGUUAUUAUUCUUUUUUAAAAUUUUUAAAAGAGAAAAUGUCACUAGGAUCCUGUUCUAGACUAUAGGGUGGGUGGUUAAUUUCUAUGUAUCCCAUACUUUUUAAGGCAUCUCUUACAACCGAGCGGUGUGAAGGGGCGCGUCGUCUUGCAAAAACAGCACUCCGCGCGCUAACUUGUCACAUUUCUUCUAUACAAUCACGUGCUUGACCCAGUAAUUUAGCGUAGUACUGUCCGUUCAUUGUGUCCAUGUAAAAUCUCUCCAAUUUGUUUCUUACUAUACCGUAUUUCUUCUGCUAUCUGUCACAGUUUAAAUCUUCGAUUGGCCAGUACUAUUCGUUCAAGUUUUUAACGUUUUCUUCGGUCACUACCAUUACUGGGCGUCUAAGGCAAGGUUCUUCUUCUCUGUCUUCCUUGUUGAAAUAGCCGAGCUCAUUUUUCUACCAUUUUAUAUGAAGGUGCAUAAUCCUGAAGAACCGGUGACAUUUGUCAAACAUUUUUUUGGUAUAUUUCUUUGGAUUACAGCGCGGUGCUCCAAAUUGCGAGAAUUUUCAGUUUUCUCUGGCACGAUGUUGUUUAUUGUUUCAGGAAUUGAGUUUUAAUGAACAAAAUAUAAAAAUGGGAUAUUAUUUAUACUUACAAGGAGUCAUGCAAUUAGUACUAUCAGUCGAUGAUGAGUCAACGCCAAGUACCUUUAGUCGCGAACUUAUCAGCCGCCCCUCGUAUGUGUAAAUACGACCGUUAAUUAAAAAAAAAAACAAAAUUUUGCAGGCAAAAUUUAUUAUUAAUAAUUUUAUGACUAUAGAUGUAUUUAUGAAAAUUGUAUGAGUCCCCACGCGUUUACGAAACGUGUAGAAAUGAUUUGUAAUUUAAAAAAAAAAUGUGUCCAUGGUAUUGUAUACAAAAGUUGUCGACAUGGGUACCUCUGUCCCAGCCGUGAAGCAAUGUGCUUGUUCUAUGUUUCGGUUUGAAGGUUGGGACAUGACAGUGAAAUUACAGGCUACACAGGCAUAACACCUUAAUCCUCAGGAAUUGCGUCAUAUGUGGGUCACAUUGCAUAUGAAAUCAAUUAUCGACGGUGACUACAUACCAUCAGGUGGACCAUCAGUCUGUUUAUCACUCAUAAAAAUCUUUGCUGUUUUAGAAUUAAUUUAUCGCCUGCAAAUUCCAUCGGUUCCGUAGGACGCCUCAAUCUUAUUGAGCAAGCUUACGUAUGUUAUAUUGUUGUUAUUUUAAUUUUUUUAACUAUAUAUAAUUUAUUUGUUUUUACAUAAUGUUAGACUAUAAAUCGCUGUGCAUCGUAAAUUUAAAUUUAAUGUAUUCAAGUCGAAAAAAUUCAAGUAAAUGUAAAUGUUGGAGAUUAAUUUUAUUAUUUAAAUAAAUGAAUGCAAAAAC